CCGGUUACAUUUCCAUGGCAACCAUGGAACCCGUCAACAAGCCCGGAAAACGGAGACGUGGAAGAUGUAAAAAAGGGAAACAAUCCCAUCAUGGUGCGCUGGGCAGGCAGAUGUUCCCAGCUGUGGCUGCUGAGAACCCGGAGAAGUGUGCUGUGAAUGAGAACCAGCUCUCCCUGAACCAACAGAGUCUGCCGCCGCUCCACGUGGCGUGCCUUUAUGGCGAGUUGGGUGCUGUUCAGCUCCUGGUGAAGUCCAGGCAACAGUGGAUCAACAGCAGUGAUUCCCAAGGUCGCCGGCCCCUCCACAUGGUCCUGUCCUACCAGAGCUUCCCCAGAACCUGCGCCUGUCUCAGAUACCUGCUGGAGCACGGCGCCGACGUUAACGCCAGCACCACAGACUUGGGGCAGACCCCGUUGCACCUGGCCGCCUCUGAGGGCUUCCUCGACUGUGUAGAGAUCCUCGUGAAGGCCGGAGCAGAUGUUUUGGCCAAGGACAGCUUGGGGCAGACACCUCUGGACUUAGCCUGCAUCUGGUGCCACAGGAAGAUAGCGAGGUAUCUGAAGAGCUGUAUGUGGCAUGUGAAUAAAGAGAAAGAAAGAAAGGAGAGAGUGCUGGUUCAGGCCUUAUACACUGAUCUUGUGGGCAUGGCCAAACAGAAUAAUCUCACCAGAAAGACCCUCACUGAUGAAAAGGUGGCUGAGUGGGCAAACAAGAAAGGCGUGGCCCUCCUGAAGGAUUUCUCCCCCAGGGGGCAGGUGAGCAAGUAUCACACCAAGUGCUUCUUAGCAGAUCAGAGCAACUGUGACUCAAAGCAUGCAAAGGCCCACUGUGAGGAGCAGCAGCCAGAAGGCAUUAAGGAGGACAGGAACACCCCUCCUAAGCCACCCUUCAAACCAUGGAGCAUCUUCACAGGCCUGCAGCCAAAGAAACCCCUCGCAGAACCUGACCUCCGUGACAGCAUCACCAUUUGGAGGGACAGCUCCAGCAGGCAACUUCAGUACACCACCAGGUGGGACAGCACGCCUCGCCCCGCUCCUAACCUGCCUCUGGAUGUACUUGAGAGGGUGUUGUUUCCCAGAGCCUUCCCCUCCAGGAUCACCUGCCCACAGGACUUUGAGCCACAGAACAUCAUGGAGGUCAAGCAUCAAGAAUGCCCUCAGGAGCACAGCACCUCCCCCUGGACAGAGGUGGCCAUGUGUCUGGUUGAGGUGCUGGAGUUUAGACACUACUGACUUUCCCAGUCUUGGCUGAAGAAAUUUCACCUGAAACUGGGGAACAGGCUCAGAAGAAAUGCAUUAAAAGCUUGAGUGUCACUAUGUUUAUAGUUUAUCAAAUAGCUUUUUCAGAUGGAAACAUUCGACAUCAACAUAUGUGAAAACCAUUUAGUGGAACUAUUAUGCUCAUUUCCAGCUUCAUAUUUUUUCAUUCUUGAACUCUACUAGGCUAGCUUUGCAUCACUCAUAGAUCAUAAUAAUCCUUAUAGUAAACAUUAGUGCAGCACCUCAGAUCAUCAUGUCUGAAACAAGCUGUUCUCAGCUCCUCUCCAUUUAAGGACACCGUUCUUCUGAUUGGCAGCCCCUCAUCAGCAGAUUUAGACAGCUGGUGGCCAGAACCAGAGGGAUGUAACUGAGAUGUCUAGAAUAGGAUUACUUAUACAUGUACUCAUUACUUGAAAGAUAUAAAGUCUCCUUUAAUAGUUUUUAAAUCAAGUAUAAAAUAUCAAUAAAAGGUUAAUACAUAAAGCUGUUGUUGCUUUUUUUAAUUUAUUUUGGAACUAUUUAAAGUUUCUGGUAAUCUGCAAGCCCUGAUUGGAAACAACCCCCCAAAGUUGAAAAGCAUUUGGAAAAACGGAUACGUUGCUUCAGCAGGCAAAACUGAAACUUCUCUUCGAGAAUAUCCAGGCAUCCCAGAUUGUUUAAUGUUCUCUAUUCUGUCUACUUUUUAGACCUGAGAGUUUUAAAUAAAUGCCAGCAACCAUCAUCAUUCACACCCACAGCAUACAUCAGGAGAUACUCUGUGUGGGAAGGGCCGGGGGGAUUGAACCUGCGAUUGGUGGCCAACCCACUCUUCCACCUGCACCGCAAUCUCAGCUGCAAGUGACAAAAAUUAAAAAUGCCACCCGCUCCUGAAGCUGAACCGAUAAAUGCGGGGUGAACAGAGGGGUGAACGAAAGGUGAGAAAACCUCCGUGAACUGGGUCGCCUGUCACAGGUGUAUCCCUGCACUCUCACUCAUCUCCCCCAGGGAAGGGAAUCGGGAUCCAGGUGAGGGCUUGUCAACAGCAUUAGAGUGUGAACUCUGAGCUGUGGCCUGUCAGCUGAAGGCAUGUGUGUGUGUGUGUGUCUGCAUUCAUUAUUUUUUCUCCUCCUUCCUUUAAAUUCAUGGAGCACUUCACACCUUGAUGGGGGUCAAAGUGCACACUAGCAUCAACCGGGUGUACUCUCUGUGAUCUAGGCCACAUGGGAUCUAAAUAAGAAAGCCAUCUGCCCUGAAACAUACACACACACACACACACACACACACACACUCUUGACAGGUCAGGGCGUGACAGCAGUUAGAAAAUCCAUCAGGGUGCAAAUACAACGUAACAGACUGGAAGCUACAACCUGAUUUAACUGUAAAUAAUAAACAGUAAGUGUUUCUGUCCCUUUUAUUUCAGCCUGCAAAAAAAUAACCAUUUAAUCCAAAGUUAUUUCACCAAAAUCUUUUAAUUACACGGCUGCGCGCAUAUCAGCCUGCAGUGAAUCACACUGGGUAAUUGAUAAAAGGAAUUUUGGCCUUUUUAAUGUUUGUCUCUUUAGACCACACUGAGCAGCUUUUGUCCCCACAGCAGUGAGCUUAAAAAAAGUCAUUGCACAAGUUUGAUCUCUGCAAGUGUUUACAUUUGUCUUUGAUGUCGGGUUUCCUCUUCAAUCAAUGUACAAAAAUUAGUUUAAAUUCUUACAAACAGUCCAAAACAAAAACAAAACAAACAAAGGAUGCUGUAGUGCUGGUGGUUUAUGGGUAGAAGCACAUGAAAACUUAUUGUUUCUGUGGCCAAAUGCUGACGAGCAUGCUGAGAUCCAGUGCAGGAAACAUGCCUCGUAGCUCACUUCAAUAGUUAGAAGUAACCCUUCACAAGUGCCUUUGCUGAAUUCAUUUUUUGAGAUAUUAUAUGCCAGGUAGGAUAUUGUUUAUACCAUGUCAUACUUUGCAAAACAGAGCAGGACUUCUCCACAGUUUGUCCUUCUUUCUUUCAAUCUAAUUAAAAUGUUUGUUUGGCGACCUGUAGCAACUCUUUUUAAAACCAAAAUCCAAGUUUGGACUGCAGGAAUUAAUCAUAAAGUACCUCUGAUCUGUCUCAUAUCUAAGAAAUCCUCUUCAUCAGAAUUUCUUCUCGUCUUUAACACUACUCUGUGUAUUGAAUCAGAUGAAGUGUGAGGCCUUUGACACACGAACGACAGAAAGGAAAAACAACUAUUUAUCUCUGGUUGUUAUUUUUUACACCCCACAUGUAGAUAUUUUAUUACUAAAGCUUUAAAAAAUGAGUCCAACUUGACAUGAAAGCAUCACGCUACACAUAGGAUCCCCACAAAGAGGUCUCCGGUGGGUGUUGCUGGCAGUCAGUACAGACAGAAAGACAAAGACAGACAGACGUGGCCUGGGUAAACUCGUCGGGCUCGUCCAGCAGGAAGCUCUGAUCUGUUCAUUGGUCCGUCCUUUUUUUUAGUUAUUUAUUUCUUAACAUGCCUUUCUUCCCCAUUUGGCCACAGCAUCAUUUUAGUCCCAUCGAGAAACAAUUUCCACUGUCCUUCCUGCUUCCCCUUUGAUCUUCAACACGUCCUCGCACGUACCCACCGACCCCCGAGGCAGCGCCCCAGACUCUCAAGCCCUCAGU